GUUUGUUUGGGAAUGUGUCCAUUAUUUUGUUAUUUCUGAGACAUAAAUUGAAAAAAAAAAUUACAUAAAAUGUAUCGAACUGUUUGUAGAUUUAUGUUCUAUUAAUGAUACAGAACCACGAAAAAAAAUGUCCGCACUAAAGUCCGAAUCACCCUGUAUAAUCACAUCAACCUUCAAGCGAAAGCUAUAUGUAACUAAAUAUUAUAACUAUGAGGAAGUACACGGCGCUCUGGCUAACCGUGACAUUCCUUAUCAGUCAGCAAGUUGGUUGCAUAUCUGCUGAUGAUUUACCUGAUGAUGGCGCACUGGACUCCAUAGGACUCGCCACAAAAUACGGACAUCCGCCGACGCAGUACGACGUGGUCACUGAAGAUGGAUACAUCCUCGCAGUUUACCGACUGCCGGGUAAAGGUAGAAUACCAGUUUUACUCGUGCACGGGUUUAUGGAUACCUCCGAUACCUUUUUGAUCAGAGGCAACACUUCACUAGCAAUAUACCUCGCCAACAAGGGAUACGACGUGUGGCUCGCCAACACCCGAGGCAACAGGUACUCGCGGCGUCACAAGACCCUCAACCCUGACAAGGACUCCGAGUUCUGGAAGUUCAGCUUUCACGAGAAGGGGUGCUACGACCUCCCGGCUGUCAUCGACACGAUUUUAAACGAGACCGGCGCAAAUAACAUCACCGCCAUCGGCCACUCCGAGGGAAACACGGAGUUCUUCAUACUAGGAUCGGAAAGGAAAGAAUACAACUCGAAGAUAAACGUGUUGUUAGCACUCGCGCCGGUAGCUUUCUUGCAGAACGUUCAGGGAACUUUGGGAAUCGCAAUCCAAUUAGAACCGGUAGUUAGUGGACUUGUCAAAACCCUAGGUAUAAAUGAAUUUUUAGGUGAUAACACCACUCUCGGCAUAAUUUCCCACACGGUAUGUCCCAUACCGAUUCUCGGGUAUACGGUAUGCGCAUACGGGCUAUUGUAUCCUUCAGUUGGUUCUGAUCCCACAGAGUUGGAACAGGACUUUUUCGAAAACCUCGCCACACAUUACCCUGCAGGAACUUCUACACAAAAUCUGCUGCACUACUUGCAAUUGGGAUACAGAAAGCAGUUUGCGCAAUACGAUUACGGAAGCGACACUAAUCAGAAGAUUUACAAUUCUUCGGAUCCGCCAAUUUACCAAUUAGAUCAAGUCACCAUGCCCGUAGCGCUGUACACUGCCGCUAACGACGGUUUCUCCGCUCUAGCCGAUGUGGCGAUGCUGCAGAGCCAGCUGCCGAACGUCGUGUACUACCUGCUGAGCCCCUACGCGCUGUGUAACCACGUAGACUAUGUGUGGGGCCGAACCGCAAACAUCUACUUGUAUCCAUAUAUAGAUUACAUGUUAAAUCUUUACAACCCUCUGUAGAAGCUGGCGUUC